CUUCAUCACAAUAGGUAUAGAUUACACAGUUCACAUUUAAAAUCCAAGGAUCCAAAGCUAUUAAGGUUAUGUUGCAUGUAUCUCCAUGGUAUGUAGCUGUGAACUCUGAGGACUUCACUACUCUGUAGACUAAGAAGAUGUCUUGCCAAAUCAUAGAAAUAGAUGGUUCUGUUUUAGAAGGAGGUGGACAAAUUUUGAGAAUUGCCGUGACAUUGAGCGUCCUGCUUAGGCAGCCAAUUCGUGUUGUAAAAAUCCGAGCAGGUCGAAGCAAACCUGGCCUAGCCGAGCAACAUUUAAAAGGUUUGGAGUUGGUGACCAAAAUUUGUAAUGGCAAAUUAAAAGGUGGUUCAAUCGGUUCAACCGAAAUUGAGCUUUGGCCUGGUAAAGUCAGUGGUGGAAAUUAUAGUGCUCUUGUGAAAACGGCAGGUAGUGUGAGCCUUCUGCUUCAAGUAGCUUUGCCAUGUACUUUGUUUGCCAAUUUGGACACCACGCUCACAUUAGAAGGUGGAACUAAUGCAGACAUGGCUCCACAAAUUGAUACCACAACGGAAGUGUUUCGUCCACUUCUGGAAAAGUUUGGGGCUACAUUCGAUUUUGAUUUAAUUAGACGUGGUUACUUUCCUAAAGGAGGUGGGAAAGUGAUUGUACGCAUUAAACCUGUAAGACAAUUGAACGCUGUGGAGUUACUAGAAACGGGCCAAGUUACAUCAGUCUAUGGAUGGAGUUACGUCGCCGGUACUUUACCCAUUCAUUUAUCACACACCAUGGCAAAUGCAGCAUCUGAAAAGCUAAGUCAACUCAUAAGGAACGUUCAAAUUGAAAGGUACAAAGAAGCAGCUGAUGUUGCACCCGACAAUGGCUCAGGCAUUAUAGUAGUUGCGGAAACUUCUUCGGGGUGUAUUUUUGGAGGAUCUGCCUUAGGAAAACGAAAUGAGAAACCGGAACAAGCUGGAUGGAGAGCUGCCGAGGAAAUUUUGAGAUCUGUGUCGCAAGGAGCAUGUGUGGACGAACAUUGUCAAGAUCAGCUGAUUAUUUUCAUGACACUUGCACAAGGCCAGUCAAAGAUUCGGACAGGAGAACUCACUUUGCAUACAAAAACUGCUAUUUACAUUGCAGAGAAAAUGGCAAAUGUACACUUUGAUGUUGUUGAAGACAAUGGCAGUAAUAUUAUUCAAUGCAACGGAAUAGGAUUAACAACAUAGUUUAUAAUUAUUAAGUAUUCUGUUUGUGCUAAUUUGCUGUUUGGUCCACGAUAAAAUGUAUGUGAGUUUGAUGUACAUACAAAAAUGUGAUACAAUCUUACAGACGGAGAGAAAAAUAUAGCAUCUCGCAACAAGAAUCUA